UCCCCGCAGUUCGAGGAGGCGGUUGCCGGGGCCCAAUCCGGGAGCCUACCGCUAACCUGUAAGCACCUUGGAUGAAAACGGAUCCGCAGCAGUCCCCGGAGCCUUUAUCAGUUUCCAUCCCCUCCGGUUCUGAGAUGGAGAGUUUGGGGCUUCAGCGGCCUUCUCUUCAGCUUUGUUGAGAACUGGGGUUCAUUCGGGAGGAGUCGCAGCCUCAGUAAGGCCAGGCAUCCUUCCCCAAGGGCACUUCGGAAGAAGGUUGCUAUACCCAACGGUCUCCUGGGGUAAAUCCCCCGGGAAUGAAGCGCGGGUGGGGGUGCCCGCGGAGGGCAAGCCGCCUCCAACCCGCAGCGCCCCUCCGAACCUCCCCCUCCCUCCUUUAUUGUGCCCCAGGGGGUGGUUUCCAUAACUACGCUAAACAGAGGGCGGGGCCACGCUUGGGACCGAAGCGGCCCGGGCCAGAGCCGGCUGGACGAACCCUCCCCCCCCUCACCUCUCACGCUAAGGAUCCGGCCUGUAAGGGGCGGCGAGGGACUUGGACCUGUUCUAUGCAGGGCCUUGGGGCUGCUGUUCUCUUGGGGGGCGGGGAGCUCAAGACGGUGUACAAGGGGGACCCUUCCUGGUAUGCAGAACAGAACCAGGCCGCUUGCAGCGGCGACCAGCUGUGCAAAGAGCCCGUCUGGCCGAGGGCGGGCUUCGAUACCGUAAAAGCCCAGCGUCCCGGCACUCUCGAGCCACGGGGGGACCUCCCCACGGCAUGGCGCCCGAACUGCUACUGGAGCCAAAACCGGCUGUCGGGGGCCGCCUCGCCCCGCCUCCAGGCUCUGCAUUGGCCUGGGAUCGAGUCGAUGCCGUGGGGCCCCGGGAGCCUGAGCCGCCAGGCCAAGAGCACCCCCAAUGCGAGGCCACAGAGUCGAGCGGGGUCCCGGGCCACCCCGAGUCCCGGGGCUCCUGGACGCGGAGCCGCCACCUCCUCAACAAGGGCCCCCGAAGCCUACUCCAGUGGGGCCGGCACCGCGGGGACCUUGGUCGUGCAGCCGCCCCCGGGCGGGCAGGGUGAGUCCCCCGAGCUGCCUUCCCGCCCAGCAGUCAGCUCGGGGGCUGGGAGCCGCAUCCAGGCUCCUCCGGCGCCCGCGGACCGCGAUAGCAAGGCCAAGGUUCGCCGUCAGCCUCGGCCUGAGAACAGCGUUGUGCCUCCGAGGCGCCCGCACGCUCUGGACAAACUGCGGCACGAAGGCCCCCAAGCUCCGGUGUCUGUCUGGAAAGGGUUCCCUGGGGCCCCACUCAACAUUGACCGGCUUAAGAAUGCCAAGAUCGUGGUGCAGAGAGCCAUCAAGCAGAAGAAAGUCUUCAUGAUCCAGGGCCGCUACCCCGUGAUCCGAGGGAUCCUGCGCCGAAAAGGCUGGGUGGAGAAGAAGAUUCCCCGUAUAAAUCCACAGCCAGCAGUGCCUCCCUCUAGGGAUUUGGACAGUUUGGGAUCUGCAGAUGAUAUUCCAGAGGAGUGUGAUGAAGAGGAAGAAGAUGAUGACGAAAAUCAACAACCAGACCUUGAAGAUAUGGAUGGCACUCAUGACCUUAUGUCCCGAAUGGUUCGGAAUGAGGUGCCCUAUUUCAUCUGGACCACCCGGAGGGAUGUGAUUGACUGCCGCUUUCUCUGCAAAGAGCAAAUGAUAAAUCAUUAUGCUCGAGCAGGCUCCUUCACCACCAAGGUUGGCCUGUGCCUCAGUCUCCGGAACCUGCCCUGGUUUGAUGAGGCAAACGCAGACUCCUUCUUCCCACGCUGCUACCGCCUGGGAGCUGAGGAUGAGAAACAGGCCUUCAUGGAGGACUUCUGGCUGACAGCCGCACGCAACGUUCUCAAGCUGGUGGUGAAGUCGUGGGACCCCUACCCGGAAGAGAAUGACCCGACAAAACCACCCUCAACUUUGUUGGAAAAGUGCCUGGAAGGGCAGAAGUUGGCCACAAGCAUCAGUUCUUCCUUCAAUUUCCUUCCUUCUCUUCCACAAUUACCCCCAGAAUUUUCAGGGGUGAAGCAUCAUAAAAAAACAAAUGUCAAGGAGGUGUCAUCAAAGCUGAUUGAGGAUGCACUACAGGCCUGUGAAGGUCAUCUCAGCAGUUUGGCCCAUGAGGAUAUUGAUAACACCAUGGAGUCCCCAAUGGCCCCGACUCAGGCUGAUUGGGCCUUCUUUCUCCAGCAGUACUACCAAGUGAUCCAUGAGGGGGCUGAGCUAAAGAAGAUUGACUCUCAGAUCCAGCGUUGUGAAGACAUCCUUCAGCAGCUGCGAGCAGUGGUGCCUCAAAUUGACAUGGAAGGAGACAGAAAUAUCUGGAUCGUGAAGCCUGGAGCCAAGUCCAGAGGUCGAGGUAUAGUAUGCAUGGACCACCUAGAAGAGAUGCUGAAGCUGGUGGACUGUGACCCCAUGAUUGUAAAAGAUGGCAAGUGGGUGGUACAGAAGUAUAUUGAGCGGCCCCUGCUCAUCUUUGGCACCAAGUUCGACUUGAGGCAGUGGUUCCUAGUGACUGACUGGAACCCACUCACUGUGUGGUUCUACCGGGACAGUUACAUCCGCUUUUCUACGCAACCCUUCUCCCUAAGGAACCUGGACAGUUCUGUGCAUCUCUGCAACAACUCAAUCCAGAAGCACUUGGAGAAUUCUACCAGUCGUCACCCCCUGCUGCCCCCCGACAACAUGUGGUGUAGCCGGAAAUUUCAGGCUCACCUGCAGGAGGUAGGGGCACCUGAUGCUUGGACAGAUGUCAUGGUUCCAGGCAUGAAGGCUGCAGUUAUCCAUGUACUGCAGACUUCUCAAGACACGGUGCAAUCCCGCAAAGGCAGCUUUGAGCUGUAUGGGGCUGACUUCGUCUUUGGGGAAGAUUUCCAUCCCUGGCUGAUCGAGAUCAAUGCCAGCCCAACUAUGGCACCUUCCACAGCUGUCACCACCCGACUCUGUGCUGGGGUGCUGGCUGAUACAUUGCGUGUAGUCAUAGAUCGUCGACAAAACCGAAACUGUGACACUGGUGCUUUUGAGCUUAUUUAUAAGCAGGCAGCUGUAGAGGUACCCCAUUAUGUGGGUAUCCGACUACUGGUUGAAGGCUCCCCUGUGAAGAAACCUCUGACUGUCCGUCCCCGAAGAGUACCAGCCCAUCCAGUGGCACGUCGACGCCUUAGGGAGCCCAAGGAGGCAAAAGCGUCCAAACCUGAGUCGCCUAUGGAGCCUAUACCUGAGGAGGAUCACGAGUCUGACCCUGUGGAGGCUAAAGAGUCUGUCCCUGGGGAAGCUAAAGAGUCUGUCCCUGGGGAAGCUAAAGAGUCUGUUCCUGGGGAGGCUAAAGAGUCCUUGCCUGAGGAGGCUAAGGAGUCUAUGCCUGAGGAGGCUAAGGAGUCUAUGCCUGAGGAGGCUGAGGAGUCUAUGCCUGAGGAGGCUGAGGAGUCUAUGCCUGAGGAGGCUAAGGAGUCUAUGCCUGAGGAGGCUAAGGAGUCUAUGUCUGAGGAGGCUAAGGAGUCUAUGCUUGAGGAGGCUAAGGAGUCCAUGCCUGAGGAGGCCAAAGAGUCCGUGCCUGAAGAGGCUAAGGAUUCUGUGCCUGAGGAGGCUAAAAAUCCCAUGCCUGUUGCUUCCAAGUCAUCAGGGCUUUCCCACCAUCAUGGGAAAGCAGGAGGCAGGAAGAACCUGGGGCCCAUUGAGAAAACAGACUCUCUAAGCUUGAGAAAAAAGAGAGUCAUCAACAAACAAUCUACAGAAACUAUCCAGGCCAGCUUCCAAAAAUGGGACAUCCAGAAUCCCAAGUUAAACCAGCUCCUUAGUGCAUCUGCAACACACCUUACCAGUCAGGGCAAGCAACUUCACCCCAUGAAACAGCUGCUUCUGAAGAAUCCUGUAUCACUAGAGCCAGAGGGAUUACCCUGCCUCCUUGCGAAGCCUGUGCUGCCAGAUUCCCGAGUGCUCAACCCUCGUACCUUCGUUCUCAGACUGCAGCUCCAAAAAACACCCAUUUCCUGCAAGAACCUCAGUGCCACAGGCAGGGCCUUGCUUAUGUUCCCGGCUCAUAAAGAGCCUGUUCCCAAUUGUGGGAAGCAGGCCAAGGUGGGCCCCAAACCCUGAGGGGCCAGGGAGGGGGCUGAUUUAUGCUGAAAACUGGGAGCAUUUGGGGAGGGAGAGGGAGGGGAAAGGGUUUCUCAUGGUCUAGGCUGAGCCAAUGGGAGCUGACCCGUGCUUGGACCAAGCCCUUUGGCCCCAGCAAGGUGUCCCCAAUUUAGAGCCUUGAUUGUGAUCAAGCCCAGAGGAGUGAAGAGGCAAGUUAUAUCUGUUCUUUAGUUUCAUCCCAAAGC